CGCCUCCGCCCGGCCCUCCCGGGGGGAGCGGGGCUAUCUGGGCCGGGCAGCGCCGCUGGCCCCGGGCAGGAAUGUCCCUGCGCGUCCAGAUAAUGUUAUUUAUAUCGCGGCGUAGGGCGGCUCCGCUCCCCGAGCCCCGCUCCGGUCCCGGCUCCGGCCCCGGGCCCGCCGCCGCUCGUCCGCCCGCCGCCCCGUGCAGCAGGGACGGCAAGCUGCCGCGGUAAUGCCGAUGCCGGUGGCUCCCGCUCUCCCCCAGGGGCCUGUUGCCGGUAGCCGACGGCCACCCGGCCGGGGGACGCCGGGACCAUGACCUCGGCGAAUGACUACGAGCAGCUGGAGCUGCAGCAGCAUUACAGCCGCAUCAACGUCCGCUGGGACGCGUCCGACGAUGAGCUGGACAACGACAACAGCUCGGCACGGCUCUUCGAGCGCUCCCGCAUCAAAGCCCUGGCAGAUGAGCGGGAGGCCGUGCAGAAGAAAACCUUCACCAAGUGGGUGAAUUCACACUUGGCUCGCGUCACCUGCCGCAUCUCGGACCUCUACAUGGACCUUCGGGACGGGCGGGUGCUCAUCAAGCUUCUGGAGGUGCUGUCAGGAGAGCUUCUGCCAAAGCCCACCAAGGGCCGGAUGCGGAUCCACUGCCUGGAGAACGUGGACAAGGCGCUGCAGUUCCUGAAGGAGCAGCGGGUGCACCUGGAAAACAUGGGGUCCCACGACAUCGUGGACGGCAACCACCGCCUCGUCCUUGGCCUCAUCUGGACCAUCAUCCUCCGCUUCCAGAUCCAGGACAUCAUCAUGCAGACGCAGGAGGGUGAGGAGACGCGCUCCGCCAGAGAUGCGCUGCUGCUCUGGUGCCAGAUGAAAACGGCGGGGUAUUCCCAUGUGAACGUCACCAACUUCACCUCAAGCUGGAAGGACGGGCUGGCUUUCAACGCCCUCAUCCACAGGCACAGGCCUGAGCUAUUUGACUUCCAAAACCUGACCAAAUCCAACGCCCGGCACAACCUGGAGCACGCGUUCAGUGUGGCGGAGCGGCACCUGGGCAUCACCCCGCUCCUCGACCCCGAAGAUGUGUUCACAGAGAACCCCGAUGAGAAGUCCAUCAUCACCUAUGUGGUGGCCUUCUACCACUACUUCUCCAAGAUGAGGCUGCUGGAGGUGGAGGGCAGGCGUCUGGGCAAGGUCAUUGAGCACGCCAAGGAGACAGAGCGGAUGAUCGAGGGCUAUGGGGGGCUGGCCUCCACCCUGCUCACCUGGAUCGAGCAGACUAUCACCUCCCUCAACAGCCGCAGCUUCGCCAACUCCUUGGCCGGGGUGCAACACCAGCUGCAAGCCUUCAGCACCUACCGCACUGUGGAGAAGCCCCCCAAGUUUCAGGAGAAGGGCAACCUGGAGGUGCUGCUCUUCACCAUCCAGUCGCGGAUGCGAGCCAACAACCAGCGCGUCUACACCCCACACGAGGGGCGUCUGGUCUCCGACAUCAACCGGGCCUGGGAGCAGCUGGAGAAAGCGGAGCAUGAGCGGGAGCUGGCGCUGCGCACCGAGCUCAUCCGGCAGGAGAAGCUGGAGCAGCUGGCACGGCGCUUCGACCGCAAAGCGGCCAUGCGGGAGGCCUGGCUGAGUGAGAACCAGCGCCUGGUGGCUCAGGACAACUUUGGCCAGGACCUGCCGGCAGUGGAAGCGGCCAAGAAGAAGCAUGAGGCCAUUGAGACGGACACGGCCGCCUACAAGGAGCGGGUGCAGGCCAUCGAGGCGGUGGCGAAGGAGCUGGAGGUGGAAGGCUACCACGAUAUCCAGCGUAUCAACGGGCGCAAGGACAAUAUCCUGCGGCUCUGGGAGCAGCUCCUGGAGCUGCUGGCUGCCCGUCGCCAGCGCCUGGAGAUGAACCUUGUCCUGCAGUAUCUCUUUCAAGAGAUGCUCCACAGCAUUGACUGGAUGGAUGAAGUCAAAGUGCGGCUGGGAUCACCUGAAUCGGGGAAGCACCUUCUGGAGGCGGAGGAGCUGCUGCAGACUCACCAGCUGCUGGAGCGUGACAUGGCUCUGCAGGCGGAGAAGACACGGGCCAUCAGUGCUGCUGCCCUCCGCUUUGCUGACGCCGAGGGCUACCGUCCCUGCGACCCCAAGGUCAUCCGGGACCGCGUGAGCCACCUGGAGCUGCGCCAGCAGGAGCUGCAAGUGCUGGCAUCCCAGAGGAGAGCCUUGCUGGAGCAGUCCCGGUCCCUCUGGACCUGCCUCUGGGAGCUGGAUGAGGCAGAGAGCUGGAUCAAGGAGCAGGAGCAGCUCUACUCCUCCCUGGACUUCGGGAAGGACCUGCCGGGUGUGCUGCUGCUCCAGCGCCGGCACGCCGCCUUUGAGGCCGAGCUGCGGAGCCGGGGUGGCCGGCUGGAGCGGGCGCUGGCGGCGGGAGAGGGGCUGGUGGCGGCGGGCUGGGCGGCCGGCCGGCUGCGGGAACGGGGGGCAGCGGUGCGGGCGCUGUGGGCGCAGCUGGAGGAGCUGGCGGCUUUCCGCCAGCGUGGCUUGAGCGCAUCUGAGGGCUUCUUCCAGUUCCAGGCAGAGAUGGAGGAGCUGGUGGAGGGGCUUCGGGACGCCCGCCGGCGGGCAGCCGCCGAGGAGCUGGGCCAGGACGAAUACCGCACCCGCGCCUUGCUGCGGCAGCACCAGGAGCUGCUGGAGGAGAUAGCGGCCGCCCAGGAGCAGCUGGAUGGGCUUGCCCAGCAAGCCGAGGGCUUCUCCCCGGAGCUGCGGGCUGGCCCCGAGGCGCAGAGCCGGCUGGUGGCCCUGCGGGAGCUGCACGCCGAUGUGGCCGCCCUGGCUGAGAGGCGGGGCCGCCAGCUGCAGGAUGCUCUUGACCUCUACACUGUUUUUGGGGAGAGCGAUGCCUGCCACCUCUGGAUGGGGUCCAAGGAGACCUGGCUGGGGCAGCUGGAGGUCCCUCAGGUGCUGGAGGAUCUGGAUGUAGCACAGCACAGGCUGGAUGGGCUGGAGCAGGAGACGGCUGCCGUGGCUUCCCAGAUCGCCGCUGUCAACCAGGCAGCCGACGGGCUGCUCGCAAGCGGGCACCCCCGCAGCCCCCAGGUCCGGCAGUGCCAGGAGAAGCUCAACGAGAGGUGGGACCGAUUCCGGGAGCUGGUGUCCAAGCGUCACCGAGCCGUGGGCUCGGCACUGCGCCUCCUCAACUACCGUCUGGAGUGCGAGGAGACUCGGCAAUGGCUGCUGAGCAAAGCCCGGGCGGUCGAGGCCACUGCCGAGCUGGGCCGGGACCUGGCCGGCGUCUUGGCUACUCAACGCAAGCUCUACGGCAUCGAGCGGGAGCUGGCGGUCGCCGAGAGCCGCUUGGCCGCCCUGCGCUCCCAGGCUGACCGCCUGGCCGAGGAGCGGCCCGAGGUGGCCCAGGAGGUGGCCGAGCGGCUGUCGGCUGUGACAGCUGCCUGGGAGGAGCUGCAGAAGGCUUUGCAGGAGCAGGCAGCCUCCCUGGGGGAAGCCGGGCAGCUCCGGCGCUUCCUGCAGGACCUGGAUGACUUCCAGGCGUGGCUUUUUGGUGCUCAGAAAGCCGUGGCGGCUGCUGAUGAGGUGCCGGCUUCUCUGGCCGAGGCGGAGGACCUGCUGCAGCGGCACGAGGUUGCCCGGCGGGAUGCGGAAGGGCAUGCGGCCGCCUUCACCGCGUUGGUGGAGUCGGGAGAGCGGGUGGUGGGGGAACAGGCGGACCCCCAGUACGAGGGGCUGCGGCAGCGCCUGCGUGGCGUGGAGGCUGGAUGGGCCGCCCUGGGUAGGAUGGCAGAGGCUCGGCACGGCUUCCUUGUCCAGUGCCGUGGCUUCCAGGAGUUCCUCCGUGAUGCCAAGCAAGCGGAGAUCCUCCUCACCAACCAGGAGUACACACUAGCCCACCUGGAGCUGCCCACCACGCUGGAGGGCUCGGCCACCGCCCUGCGCCGCUUCCAGGAGUUCUGCGCUGGCAUGGAAAGCAGUGCAGAGAAGGUCCCCGAGGCGGUGGCCAGCGGCACCAAGCUGGUGGCUGAGGGAAACAUCUUCUCCGAGAAGGUUGCCGAGAAGUGCCAGGCCCUCCAGGAGCGGCACGAGGCCGUCACUGCCAAGGCGGGGGAGGCAGCGACUUUGCUGCAGGACAACCAUGAGCUGCAGACCUUCCUGCAGAACUGCCGGGAGCUCGACGCCUGGGUGGAGGAGAAGAUGCUGACAGUACAGGAUGCCUCCUAUGGUGAAGCCCGUGGUCUCCACGGCAAGUGGCAGAAGCACCAGGCAUUCAUGGCUGAGCUGGCAGCCAACCAGGGCUGGCUGGAGAAGAUCGAGAUGGAGGGGAAGGAGCUGGUGAGCCGCAAGCUGCAGUACGGCAAGGUGGUGGCGUGGCAGCUGGACGAGCUGCGGAGGCGGUGGGACGGGCUGCGUGCCGCCGCUGAGGAGAAGGGCCGGCAGCUUUUUGAGGCAAAUCGCUCAACGCUGUACGCCCAGAGCUAUGGGGAGCUGGAGAGCUGGCUGGGGCAGGCGAAGGAGGAGCUGCGUGCCACCGAGCAGGCCAAGGACCUCACUGCCACCAACCUGCUGCUGAAGAGGCUGAUGAGGCUGGAAGAGCAAGUGCGAGCACGGAUGAAGGAGCUGGAGGAGCUAGGGCAGCAGGGUCCCCCCCCUGCUGGGGAUGUGCCGGAUGCCGAUGGGCAUGAGCAGAGGCUCCAGCGGCGAUUCCUUGACCUGCUGGAGCCACUGGAGAAGAGGAGGAAGGAGCUGGAGACUGCUAAGGCCAUGUACCAGCUUGGACGGGAUCUGGAGGAUGAGAAGCUUUGGGUGCAGGAGCGGCUGCCCCUGGCAAGGUCGACGGAGCAUGGCACCGACCUCCCGAGCGUGCAGCGCCUGGCCAAGAGGAAUGAGACGCUGCAGAAGGAGCUGGCGGGCCAUGCCCCCCGCCUGGCCGAGGUGCUGAGCCGGGGCGAGGCGGCGGCGGCGAGCGGCGAUGAGCUGAGCCCGGAGCUGGAGGCACGGGUGCGGGAGCUGCGGGGGCUGUGGGAGAUGCUGCAGGCGGAGGCGGCCGCCCGGCACCGGCGCCUGCGGGAGGCCAGUGAGGCUCAGCAGUACUACCUGGAUGCCAGCGAAGCCGAGGCCUGGGUCAGCGAGCAGGAGCUCUUCAUGGGAGCUGAGGAGAAGCCAAAGCCAUGCCAGGUGCUGAUGGGCACUGCCGUGCCGCAGGACGAGGAGAGCGGCUUGGUGAUGCUGAAGAGACACGUCCGGCAGCAGCGGUCCAUCGAGGACUACGGCCAAACCAUCAAGGAGUUGGCAGGGAGGGCUCAGCAGCUGCUCUCUGCCGGCCACCCUGAGGGGGAGCAGAUCAUCCGGCUGCAGGGCCAGGUGGACAAGCACUACGCGGGGCUGAAGGAGGCGGCUGAGGAGCGCCGCCGGCGCCUGGAGAACAUGUCCCACCUCUUCCAGCUGAAGCGGGAGGUGGAGGACCUGGAGCAGUGGAUCGCCGAGCGCGACGUGGUUGCCUCCUCCCAGGAGAUGGGGCAGGACCUGGACCACGCCACGCUCCUGCGAGAGAAGUUUCGGGAGUUUGCGCGGGAGACGGGCAGCGUGGGGCAGGAACGUGUAGACCGGGUGAACCUGGCCAUUGAAGACCUUAUUGAUGCGGGGCAUGCAGAGGCAGCCACCAUGGCCGAGUGGAAGGACGGGCUGAAUGAGAGCUGGGCUGACCUCCUGGAGCUGAUUGACACCCGCAUGCAGCUCCUCGCCGCCUCCCAUGAUCUUCACAAAUACUUCUAUGAUGGCACUGAGCUGCUGGCCCUCAUUGCCGCCCGGCGCCAGGAGCUACCCCAGGACCUGGGUGAGGACGCUGGCACGGUGGAGGCUUUCCACCGCAUGCACAGCGCCUUCGAGCGUGACCUCCAGCUGCUGGAGACACAGGUGCAGCAGUUUCGGGAGACGGCGACGCGCCUGCAGACCGCCUACGCCGGGGAGAAGGCGGCCGGCAUCCAGGAGCAGGAGCAGGAGGUGGCGCGAGCCCUGCGGGCGCUGCUGGAGGCGUGCAGCGGCCGCCGGGCCCGGCUGGUGGACACAGCCGAUAAGCAUCGCUUCUUUGGCAUGGCACGGGACCUGCUCUCAUGGAUGGAGAGCACCGUCCGGCAGAUUGAGACGCAGGAGAAACCCAGGGACGUCUCCUCAGUGGAGCUGCUCAUGAAGUACCACCAAGGCAUUAGGGCUGAGGUAGACGCCCGGAGCAAGAGCUUCACCACCUGCAUUGAGCUGGGCAAGAAGCUGCUGCAGCGCAAGCACCAGGACUCGCCGGAGAUCAAGGCAAAGCUGGUGGAGCUGGUAGAGAACAGGAGGGCCAUGAUGGAGAUGUGGGAGCAGCGCUGGGACAGGCUGCGGCUGCUACUGGAGGUGUGCCAGUUCUCCCGGGACGCCUCGGUGGCCGAGUCGUGGCUCAUGGCACAGGAACCCUACCUGGCCAGCAGCGAUUAUGGGCAGACAGUGGACGCAGUGGAGAAGCUGCUCAAGCGGCACGAGGCUUUUGAGAAGUCCUCGGCCACCUGGGAGGAGCGCAUUGCCGCCCUGAGGAAGCUGACGACGCUGGAGCUCCUGGGCGGGCGGACACUGAGCGAGGGGCUGGCGCGGGACGGGGCGACGCGCACCGAGGCUCCUGACUACCAACUGGAUCUGGACGGGGAGCUGGAGGCCGGGUCUGAGGAAGAGGAGGAGGAGAAGAGGAAGGGCAUGAGCAUGCAGGAUUCCUUUCCACCCACCACCGAUGGACCAGAGCCGCUGGCGCGGACGACAGGCGAUGAGGAACCGGCAUCGCCGAGCCCACGGCCGCUGCGGGAGGAGCCGGAGGAGCCGGCCACGCUGCCAGCCCGCACCUGCAGCGUCCAGCUGGAGGGCUACCUCGGCCGCAAGCACGACCUGGAGGCAGCCACCAAACGGGCAUCCAACCGGUCGUGGAGCACGCGGUACUGCGUGCUGCGGGGUGGCCAGCUCGCCUUCUUCAAGGAUGCCAAGAGCCGGGCGCUGGGGCUGCCCUGCCACGGCGAGGAGCCCCUGGGGCUGCAGGAUGCCCUUUGCGAGGUGGCCGCUGGCUACAAGAAGAAGAAGCAUGUCUUCAAGCUCAGGCUCAGCAACGGCAGCGAGUGGCUCUUCCAUGGCAAGGAUGAGGAGGAGCUGCAGGCCUGGCUGCAGGGGCUGAGCACAGCAAUAACCGAGUGUCAGAGCGGCCGGGGGAAGGUGCAGAGUCUGCCCCUGCCCCUGGCCCCCGCUGAGCCCCUCCUGCCCCGCAAGGACAAGGAGAAACGAUUCAGCUUCUUCCCAAAAAAGAAAUAACCCCCCCCGGGGGAGGGGGAGACACCCUGAGCCCCAGGGACCCAUCACGCCAGCAGUGCUCGCGGCCAUGUGUGCGUAGGGACCUGCGUGUGCACGUACCUAUAGGUAUAGCCAGGUCUAUAGGGGCAGCUGCCAGGCUUCAUGCGCGUGCAGGAGCCUCGCAGCCCCCGUAUGGGCAUGCAGAGGCGCAACCCUCACCUCCGCGAGUGCACGUGUGGGCUCACAUCUAUGUAUACAUAUAGAGGCACAUAUACAAGCGUGCACACCCCGUGUGCAUUGAACACGUGCCUGUGUGCACAUGUGUAUAUAUAUAUAUUUGUAUUUAUAUAUAUACAUACAUUUCCAUGCUUAAGGGUAUGCACACACCUAUGUGGAGGUGAACACAGAUGUAUACGUACAUCCCCUGUGUGCACGCCUGUGUGUGUAGGUGUGUACGUGCCCCUCCAGACGUGUGCACCUAGGGGUGCCCCCCGCCAUGCACAGGGGUCUGCAGCAGCCCCAUGCACACACGUGUCCCUGCAUGCACACGUGUGCACACGUGUGUCCCUGCAUGCAGGUGCACCCACCGCUCCGCGCGCACGGCCACGGGUGUGCGGGCCCCACACGCGUGCAUGUCCGUCCCCCCCACCCCCCAGCACCCACACAGGAGGCUGCCGUGGGUGCCCCCCCACCCCCCCCAAAGCCAUAACACCCCCCCUGUAGUGCGUGGGUGCAGAGGGGGCAGCCUCAGCCCCUGUGGGCAUCAACCAAAGAGCGUCAGCCCGUGGGUGCGUGGGCAUGGGGGGGGGACACCGCUCACCACCGCCCCUCUCCUACACCCACCACCCCGUUCCCCUGCCUUCGCUGCUGGGGCAGGGGGACGCCCCCAUGCACCCCACGGCCAGGCUCAGCUGCCCCAGGGCAGAGCGCGGGCAACCAGAGAGGAACUUUUGGUUCAGUUUGGUGUUUUUUUGGUUUUUUUUUUUUUUUUUUCUAAUAAAGAUGUGAAAGCGA